AUGCCUACUAUUGUUUCUAAAAGAAAAGAAGAGGAUGGCAUCUUGGUGAAUAAGAUUAAAGAUCCUGUGACUUCAGUAAUUCUAGGUCUGAAAGUUUUUUCCACACUGUCCUGUCACCAGAAGAACCUAGUUGAUGAAAUAAUUAAUUUGUAUCUUGAAGUUGAGGAUCCAGAAUGCCACCAUAAAAAUGGAAUUGAAGUUGAUAAGGCAGAACAAGAUUCUAGUAAACAAGUUAAAGAUAGAGAUAGCUUAGAAGAUGAAGCCAUUAAUAUAAAAAAUAAGAAGGUUACCUAUGAUAAAAGUUAUCAUUACGAAAAUAGAAUUGAAGUUGAAAAAAAAACUGACAAUCCAUUCAAACCCAAUAAAGAGCCCCCUGGAAGUGAAGCUAAAAAGGACAAACAUGAACUCUUUGAUAGCCACUUGGAACCAUAG